AUGCUUAAAACAAAGCGGGAAAUGAGUGAAGAUGGGAACAUGCCACCAGCAGGAAAAUCACUUGUUGGAAUGGCAGAGGUUGAAGCAGCCAUACAAGAAAUGUUCCAGGCACCUCAUAUUCAAGUGAUGAAAACUUCUUCCAGGCUGAGUAAAAUAUUUUUGACUGCCAUGGUUUAUGAACUCUACAAAACAGGAAUGGGGGAAACUACUUUUGAAAAGAUAGCCACCCACAGCUGUGAAACAACUUUGCGCUAA